GUUAAAGUGGCGUUUAAUUGAUCCAUCUGAACUCUGAGCAGGCUGCGCCCAAAGCUGCACCUUUGGGCUCCUAUCCCAGUGUUAUAUUAUACAUAGUGUUAAAAUGUAUUAAAUAAGCAUGUCUUUACUUGAACUCUUCCAACAACAGAUCAACCUCUACAGAUGACGAAGAGCACGAUAAGAGUGUUGAUUUUGCCGGUGGUGAGGAAAGCUGUGUGUCCGGGACAGCCAAUCGCUGCGUGGGGCGGACCGCAGCCCCGGGGGGAGUUGUCUUGUGGAUCCUCACGCGAUUGGACUUUCUUAAAAAGGACUGACGCGCUGGGCUUUUUUCUCUGCCACACUCACGUCUGUACAGAAAUAGCAGGGCUUGGCGCUCAGACAGGAGCUGUGGUGGAAGUGAGGACACAUCAGCACAGUGCCACAACGAGGAAACGCGCAGCCCGUGCACUCCUCCACACUCUGUUUAUCCUACAGAUCAGAUUUAUCUACCAGAGCCUAAUCAAAGGAGCAAAAGAGUGACUCGUGAACAGCGACUGAUCCCUCUCAAGUUCGCCCGACCUCCGUUUUUAGGCAGAGUUUGACUGGAAUGGCAUUGGACUUCGCCGCGGGCUGCUUGGGAGGUGCUGCUGGUGUGUUGGUGGGACAUCCAUUUGACACUGUGAAGGUGCGACUUCAAGUUCAGAAUGUGGACAAACCUCUUUACCGUGGGACAUACCACUGUUUCCAGUCCAUUAUACGUCAGGAAUCGGCUCUGGGACUGUACAAAGGCCUGGGCUCUCCCCUGAUGGGCCUAACCUUCAUCAAUGCCAUAGUGUUUGGGGUGCAGGGGAACGCCAUGAGGAAGCUGGGCCGGGACACCCCUCUGAACCAGUUUCUGGCUGGAGCGUCUGCUGGGGCAAUUCAGUGUGUCAUCUGCUGCCCCAUGGAACUGGCCAAGACACGUAUGCAGAUGCAGGGCACAGGGGAGAAGAAGUCCACGAGGAAGCUGUACAAGAAUUCUUUGGACUGUCUGGUGAGGAUUUACAGGAAGGAGGGGCUGCGCGGCAUUAACCGGGGAAUGGUGACCACUCUGCUCAGAGAGACACCUGGUUUUGGGGUCUACUUCCUGACCUAUGAUGUGCUGACGCGACAUUUGGGCUGUGAGCCUGAGGACUCCUACAUGAUUCCCAAGCUGCUGUUUGCUGGUGGGAUGUCUGGAAUUGCCUCCUGGAUCUCCACCUAUCCUGUGGAUGUGAUUAAGUCCCGCCUCCAAGCAGAUGGAGUGGGAGGGGUUAAUAAAUACAGUGGCAUUAUAGACUGUGUUCGGCAGAGCCUUCAAAAGGAGGGCUGGAGGGUGUUCACUCGUGGGCUCACCUCCACACUACUCCGAGCCUUCCCUGUUAAUGCCACGACCUUUGCUACAGUGACUCUGUUCCUCAUGUAUAUGAGAGAGGGAGAAGAGUGCCCCAUCCAGGCCUCAGAGCCCCCUAGUGUCCCUUUGCAGUCACUGCAGCCUCAGUCCCAGCCCAGCAGUAUGUAAGUCUGCACCUAUUUGCUAUUCAAAGUGAUCCUAGCUUUUUAAGUAAUACUCUAUUUUAAGAAGACUAUACAAUAUAUGUAAAUAUUGUCAGUUUUGUACAAAUGGUGAUGUCAAUAUUUUCCUUUUAUUUUGGUGUUUUAUAAUGGUUUGUUACAUAAAGCAGAGUGGUAAAACUUUUAGGUCAAAUCUAAAACUGUAUCGGUGCUUUGCUCUUUCUAACUAAGCAGUGGUGGCUCUUUUGUAAAGAAUCUUUGUAGAGGUACCCCUCUAAGUUACAAUUACAUAGGCUUCCAUACUAUGGUCAUUUUUGUACACAAUUCUAGCAGCUGUUUAAAUGUAUUGGUAAACUUGGUUUAAGGGUCAAUACUGAAAUGUAUAAAAUGUAUCUCUUAAUUUAUAAAGGUUUAGGUUUUGUUUAAUUUAUAAUGGUUAACCCAAUCAUGCAGUAAUAUCACAUGUCAAUAUUUAUUGAACCACAAACCAUGUCAAUCUAUGAUCUGAUACCAAAAGAUCUUUUAAAUGUAUAUAUUUAUUGUAGCUGUUGCUACAGUACUUUGUCUUGUUACUUUUUAGAAACUGUCCCAUGGCUUUUCUAUUUAUUUUAUAUUUCUGUAUGCUGUGAUUCUCAAACUGUUUGCUAAACUGAGUCAGAGACAUAAGCACUGUUAGUAUAUACUACUUCUCUUCAGCAGGUCAGAUCUCCAGGAGGUGACUGUUUUAGUGAUAUUUAAUAAAUAAAGCAUUGUCUAUUUGAGUGGAGGGUGCUGCUGUUGACAUGCUCUUGGGUGGUGUUGAUUGUUGCCGGGUUGGUGCAGCUUUGAGGCUCUUCCAAAGGCAAGUGUAAAUACUGUGAAUUUCAAUAGCUUUUUUGUUUUCUACCAUGCAAAUGUUUGUUUUGUGUCGACACCAAAAAGAACUAAUGUACACAGCUCACUAUCCUGGUGGUGGUCAAUAUCUCAUGUCUGUUGUACUGUUUGUACAUUUUUAAAACGUCUUUUAAAGUAAAACCUAAGUAGUUUAUGGAGA